AUGGACUCGACCCCACACAGCCCGUCGGGCUCGACAAGCAAACUAGCAACCCGCAGAACGAUGCACCGAGUCGAGCGUUUACUGACUCGAACGGACAACCCGGACAACGCGACGUAUCUUAUGGCAGAUCGGGUCGAGUCAACUCGAGUUGCAGCCCGAGUUGGUUAUCAGAUGGUGUGUGAUGGUCCCGAUCCUCCAGAAAACAACCCUCACGAAAUUGUUCCACCUCCUAGGAAUGAAUUGAUAAUGAAUGGUAAUCAUGGGGAUGACAGUGAUGAUGAACAUGAAUAUUUUGGCUAUGAACCUUUAGCCCAAGGUCCAGAACUAGCAGUCUCAGAUCAUGAUAGUGAUGAUGACCCAGAGAGUGCCGAAUCACCUCCAGCUGAUGUGCCAAGUAUAGAACCAAUGGAAGAUGUACUGAGCAGGGAAGUUUGGAGUGCUCCAAGACAUACAGAUGCUAUACAAAUGGAUAAUGAGCGGGCUCAACAGGUGAUGAGAGCUAUGGCAAAUUUUGCCUUGCCCCAGGCCUCAAUUCCAGAAUGGGCUCAGAGCAUCUCUGAAGAACAAUGGAAACAAACUCUCAAUGAACAAAUUGAAAGAUUAAAAAAUAAAAGAUAA